AUGCGUGCAACAGUAGCCAUAGCUGCUCUUCUCUCGCUAGUUGCUGCGGCACCAUCUGCCGAGGACCUCACUAAAAGAGAACCCGAUAGCAUGUCCGUGUCUUUCAUUGAAUCCACAGGCCUCGAGAAGCGUGUGGAAGGCGGUGUGAAAAUCUGCACCGAUAUCAACUGGGGUGGAAACUGCGGUUUUGCCAAACAGCCAUGGGAUCUGUGCAUUCGGCUGGAUUCCCCCUGGUGGCAUUCCAUCUCUUCAAUCGGCCCUGAUGAGUAUAAUGCUAUUGUGGCUUACGAGGACUAUAACUGUGGAUCUUCUAAUACCCUGACCAUCUGGAAUCCGGGCUAUUCGGAUUUGAGAGCCGCAGGGUGGAACGACCGUAUCGGCAGCUUUAAAGUGAAGCAAAUUCCUGGGCCCAACUGCCUAUACGACCUAGGGACCCCGUCACUUCCCAGCAUCGAUUGUACUAAGCCAUAG